GUGGCCUCCCGGAGUCCAGCCCGUACCCGAUCAGACAAUGCCCCGAAGCCGCCAGUCCGCCGCGCCCCCACCCCUCAGCUCCCUCUGAGACUGUCCGCUUGUCCAGGGACCCUCAUCCCAACCCUGGGCCCCAGCCCCUCCCAAGGCCUACAGACUCGAAUUCCCCUCCCCCCCACUCCCUGUACCCGGGGGGGGAGGGGACCCCCGAACCCUGGUCGGAAAGGGGAAGGGGCGGGGUGAGGCAGCCAGCGUUUCACUCCGGACCUCUCCCAGUCUCGUGGGACUCGAUCUGAUUUAUACUGGGUCCACUAAGAGCUACAAGACUGGCCCUUGGGGUAAAGUGAAAGAAAAACGAAUAAAGACAACGAGACAAGAGUGUGUAGCGGGCAUGGGGACCCCGGGGGAGGGGCUGGGCCGCUGUUCCCAUGCUCUUAUCCGGGGGGUCCCAGAAAGUCUGGGCAAAGAAGGGGAAGGAGUGGCAGUUGGUCUUCCACCUCUGGACCUGGCGAAGGCACAGCGAGAGCACGGGGUGCUGGGAGGGAAACUGAGGCAGCGCCUGGGACUUCAGCUAUUGGAAUUGCCCCCUGAGGAGCAACUGCCACUUGGACCCCUGCUAGGAGAUACAGCUGUGGUGCACGGGGAUACAGCCCUCAUCACUCGACCCUGGAGUCCUGCCAGGCGGCCAGAAGUCGAUGGUGUCAGAAGAGCCCUACAGGACCUGGGGCUUCGGAUUGUGGAGAUCAAAGAUGAGAAUGCCACACUGGAUGGGACAGAUGUGCUGUUCACAGGCCGUGAGUUUUUUGUAGGCCUCUCUAAGUGGACCAACCACCGAGGAGCUGAAAUUGUUGCCGACACGUUCCGGGACUUUGCAGUCUCCACCGUGCCUGUCUCAGGCCCCUCCCAUUUGCGGGGGCUCUGUGGGAUGGGGGGGCCACGAACUGUUGUCGCUGGCAGCAGCGAAGCUGCCCAGAAGGCUGUGAGGGCUAUGGCAGCGCUGACCGAUCACCCCUACGCCUCCCUGACUCUCCCAGAUGAUGCCGCGGCAGACUGCUUGUUUCUGCGUCCCGGGCUCCCUGGGGCUUCCCCUUUCUUGCUGCACCGCGGAGGUGGAGACUUGCCCAACAGCCAGGAGGUGCUGCAGAAACUGCCUGAUGUGACUCUCGUACCUGUAUCCUGCUCCGAGCUAGAAAAGGCUGGGGCCGGGCUCAGCUCCCUUUGCCUGGUUCUCAGCACCCGCCCCCACAGCUAAAAGAUCCCCAAAUGUGGGAGCAGGAAAGUAGGAAGAAUAGAAAACGGAUUAGCUUACCCGUAGGAUGAUGCGUAGAAGCAGCUAGGUAUGGGGUAGGAGCCAGGGUUUGGGGUGGGACAGCGUGGGGAAACGAAAGGGGAAACAUCAUCUCCCUGAGAAUAAA